AGUUUAUAAAUGGAAAAGGGAAAAUUAGGGCUUUCUUUUCACUAUAAACUCUACUCUCAGAUUCUAACCCUACCCUUUGCCGCUGAGGGUUUGGUUGUCUUGCUCCAAGUUCCAGACUUUCGCUUUGAAACCUAAAAAUGCCUAAGCAAAUCCAUGAGAUCAAGGACUUCCUUCUGACAGCAAGAAGAAAGGAUGCUCGGUCUGUUAGGGUUAAGAGGAGCAAAGAUGUGGUCAAGUUCAAAGUUCGUUGCUCAAAGUACUUGUACACCCUCUCUGUUUUUGACACAGAGAAGGCUGAUAAGCUGAAGCAAUCUCUUCCUCCAGGUUUGAGUGUGCAAGAGCUUUGAAUUAAAGCUUGAAUCAAGAGAGACAUAUAAUAUUUGAAUGUUCUAUUCCCUUUGUUUUUGUAAUUCUGUUUGUUUGGAUAAUCUUCUUAGCAAUGGAUUGACUAUUUAUAUUGGAUGUUUGAUCAACAUUAAAAUUUUCUAUUUUGAUAUGUUUAGACUUAUUACUCUUCUCCAUUUUCAUGCUCAAAAAGUGUUGCUAU